GGCCGGGCGGGCAGGGUGCUGCGGCUGCUGGCGCUGCUGGAGCUGCCCUGCUGCCUGCUGGAGCUGCUGCUCGGGGAGGCGGCCCGCGGGCAGGAGAUGUACGCGCCCCACUCCAUCCGGCUGGAGGGGGACAUCACCCUGGGCGGCCUCUUCCCCGUGCACGCCAAGGGCCCCCCGGGCUCCCCCUGCGGGGACAUCAAGAAGGAGAACGGCAUCCACAGGCUGGAGGCGAUGCUCUACGCCCUGGACCAGAUCAACAGCGACCCGGACCUGCUGCCCAACGUCACGCUGGGUGCCCGCAUCCUGGACACCUGCUCCCGGGACACCUACGCGCUGGAGCAGUCCCUCACCUUCGUCCAGGCGCUCAUCCAGAAGGACACCUCCGACGUGAGGUGCACCAACGGCGAGCCGCCCGUCUUCGUCAAGCCGGAGAAAGUAGUUGGAGUGAUCGGGGCGUCGGGAAGUUCCGUGUCCAUUAUGGUGGCCAACAUCCUCCGGCUGUUCCAGAUCCCACAAAUCAGUUAUGCCUCAACUGCACCAGAGUUGAGCGAUGACAGGCGCUAUGAUUUCUUCUCACGGGUGGUUCCUCCAGAUUCCUUCCAAGCACAAGCAAUGGUGGACAUUGUGAAAGCUUUGGGAUGGAAUUAUGUAUCCACUUUGGCAUCUGAAGGGAAUUAUGGAGAAAAAGGAGUCGAGUCCUUCAUGCAAAUUUCCAGAGAGGCAGGUGGGCUCUGCAUUGCCCAGUCCCUGAAGAUCCCCCAGGACCGCAAGGACAAGAGCAUCGACUUCGAUAAAAUCAUCCGGCAGCUGCUGGAGACGCCCAACGCCAGGGCCAUCGUCAUCUUCGCCAACGACGAGGACAUCAGGCAGAUCCUGGCGGCCGCCAAGAGGGCAGAUCAGGUGGGACAUUUCCUGUGGGUGGGCUCGGACACCUGGGGCUCCAAGGUGAGCCCGCUGCUGCAGCAGGAGGACGUGGCCGAGGGAGCCAUCACCAUCCUGCCCAAGAGAGCCACCAUCGAGGGCUUUGACACCUAUUUCACCUCUCGAACCCUGGAGAACAACAGGAGGAACGUGUGGUUUGCAGAGUACUGGGAGGAGAACUUCAACUGCAAGCUGACCAUCACUGGCUCCAAGAAGGAGGACACGGACCGAAAAUGCACAGGUAACUCACCCUUCCCCUGUGCUGUGCCAGUGUGGGAGCCAGGAAUGGUUUUAUUUCAGUCAAGGGCAGCUGCAGAGUGUGGGUUUGUUUUAGAUGGAGGAUGGAACCAUUUAGGAAGGAAUCCUUCCCCUGUGAGGAUGAAAGGAUUUGGCAGAGGUUUGGUGUUGGGUGGUUGGAUUUUGUCUUGUUUCCUUCCCCCAGGCAGUGCUGGCACUCCAGUGAUGUUCAACAAGAACGGGGACGCCCCGGGGCGCUACGACAUCUUCCAGUACCACAGCAGCAACACCAGCACGCCCGGCUACCGCCUCGUGGGCCAGUGGACAGACGACCUCCAGCUCAACAUCGAGGAGAUGCAGUGGGGCGGCGGGGUGCGUUCCGUGCCCCCCUCGGUGUGCAGCCAGCCGUGCCGGCCGGGCGAGAGGAAGAAGAUGGUGAAGGGGAUGCCGUGCUGCUGGCACUGCGAGCUGUGUGACGGGUACCAGUACCAGGCCGACGAGGUCACCUGCCUGCUCUGCUCCUACAACGAGCGGCCCAACGAGAACCGCACCGGCUGCCGCUCCAUCCCCAUCAUCAAGCUGGAGUGGCACUCGCCCUGGGCCGUCAUCCCCGUCUUCCUGGCCAUGCUGGGGAUCAUCGCCACCAUCUUCGUCAUGGCCACCUUCAUCCGCUACAACGACACGCCCAUCGUGCGGGCCUCGGGCCGCGAGCUCAGCUACGUGCUGCUGACCGGCAUCUUCCUGUGCUACAUCAUCACCUUCCUGAUGAUCGCCAAGCCCGACGUGGCCGUCUGCUCCUUCCGCAGGAUCUUCCUGGGGCUGGGCAUGUGCAUCAGCUACGCCGCCCUGCUGACCAAGACCAACCGCAUCUACCGCAUCUUCGAGCAGGGCAAGAAGUCGGUGACUGCGCCCAGGCUGAUCAGCCCCACCUCGCAGCUGGCCAUCACCUCCAGCCUCAUCUCCGUCCAGCUGCUCGGGGUCUUUAUUUGGUUUGCGGUCGACCCGCCCAACAUCAUCAUAGAUUACGAUGAGCAGAAAACUAUGAACCCCGAUCAGGCCAGAGGAGUUCUCAAAUGUGACAUUACGGAUCUACAAAUCAUUUGUUCCUUGGGUUAUAGCAUUCUGCUCAUGGUGACGUGCACUGUGUAUGCCAUCAAGACUCGGGGGGUCCCAGAGAAUUUUAAUGAAGCCAAACCCAUUGGAUUCACUAUGUACACUACCUGUAUAGUAUGGCUUGCCUUCAUUCCAAUAUUUUUUGGCACUGCCCAGUCAGCCGAAAAGCUCUACAUCCAGACCACCACGCUCACCAUCUCCAUGAACCUGAGCGCGUCGGUGGCGCUGGGGAUGCUCUACAUGCCCAAGGUUUACAUCAUCAUCUUCCACCCCGAGCUCAACGUGCAGAAGCGCAAGCGCAGCUUCAAGGCCGUGGUGACGGCGGCCACCAUGUCCUCGCGCCUGUCCCACAAGCCCAGCGACCGGCCCAACGGCGAGGCCAAGACGGAGCUCUGCGAGAACGUGGAUCCCAACAACUCUAUACCACCAGUAAGAAAGAGUGUUCAAAAGUCUGUUACUUGGUACACUCUCCCACCUACUGUAUAGCUUUUGCCUGCUUUCCAAAAAGGCCCUGCUGCCAAGAAGAAAUACGUGAGCUACAACAACCUGGUGAUCUAGGCCUGGCUGCCGAGGGCCGCGGGCCCCGGGCCGUGCCUGCCUGAGGGCACGGGGGCGAGAGGAGCCGGGCUCUGGGUGCUCCGGGAUCUGCUCUGGAAGCUCUGGGAUCUGCUCUGGGAUCUGCUUCAGGAUCUGCUCCAGGAGCUCAAGGAUCUGCUCUGGGAUCUGCUCCAGGAUCUGCUCCGGGAGCUCUGGGAUCUGC